AUGUGCCGAUUCAUGUCAGACUCGCCAGGGACCGUCAAUACCCAAGGCCGAAUCAUCCUGCCAGCAAAUGUCGUUCCAAAGCACUACGAUGUGACCCUUGAGGUUGAUUUCGACAAGUUCGUCUUCAAGGGAGUGGUUGUCAUUGACCUAGAUGUUGCAGAGGAUUCUGCAUCGAUCUCGUUGAAUACUCUAGAGCUCGACAUUCACUCUACAGCCGUUCAUGCUGAUGGUGCCUUGGUCACGUCCUCGCCGACGCUCUCUUAUGAUGCAGAUACUCAGACAACCACCAUUGAGCUUGGGGAAGGCAAGAAGCUCUCCAAGGACCAACAGGUUCAGCUAAAGCAUACAUACACUGGUCAAUUGAACGACAAAAUGGCUGGAUUUUACCGGUCAAAGAGAAAGGACGGAAAGUACCUUGCUGUUACACAGUUUGAGGCUACCGAUGCAAGGAGAGCGGUUCCCUGUUUCGAUGAACCUGCGCUGAAAGCAGAGUUUACCGUCACGCUGAUUGCCGACACCGAAAUGACCUGCCUCUCGAAUAUGGAUGUUGCGUCAACAAGUACAGUGGAUUCAGAAGUCACAGGUGGAAAGAGGAAGGCUGUGAAAUUCAACCGGUCACCGCGCAUGUCGACCUACCUCUUGGCUUUCAUUGUUGGAGAGCUCAAGUCAAUCUCGACAGACAAGUUCAGAUUACCCAUCAAGGUGUGGAUGACACCGGACCAGAAUGAAUCCGACGGGCAGUUCGCGCUCGAAGUCGCUGCUAAGACCCUAGCAUUCUAUGAAAAAGCAUUCCAGGCACCAUACCCUUUGCCAAAGAUGGAUAUGGUUGCUAUCCCUGACUUUGCUGCCGGAGCGAUGGAGAACUGGGGUCUGGUAACUUACCGUGUGGUAGACCUCCUCUUCGACCAGAAGUCUGCUGGGGCUGCAACGAAAGAACGGGUCGCCGAAGUUGUUCAGCACGAAUUGGCCCAUCAGUGGUUCGGAAAUCUGGUGACGAUGGACUUUUGGGACGGGCUGUGGCUCAAUGAGGGAUUUGCAACCUGGAUGAGCUGGUACAGUUGCAACGAGUUCUAUCCUGAAUGGAGGGUGUGGGAAACCUUCGUAAUUGAUACCUUACAAGGAGCCCUGGGAUUGGAUGGCCUGCGCAGUUCGCAUCCCAUCGAAGUGCCUGUGCACCGGGCCGAGGAUAUCAACCAGAUUUUCGAUGCCAUCUCGUACUCGAAGGGCUCAUCCGUCCUCAGAAUGAUUUCCAAGUACCUCGGCGAGGACACCUUUAUUGAAGGUGUGAGGAGGUACAUCAAGAAGCAUGCCUGGGGCAACACGCAGACAAGUGAUCUGUGGGAUGCUUUAGGGGAUGCGAGCGGAAAAGACGUGGCACAUGUGAUGGACAUCUGGACUAAGAACAUUGGCUAUCCGGUGAUCACAGUGACCGAGAACGAGAAGGACUCCAGUAUUACCAUCGAGCAGAAUCGAUUCUUGCGAACGGGCGAUGUGAAGCCCGAAGAGGACAAGGUCCUCUAUCCGGUGAUGCUUGGGCUCCGGACCAAGGAUGAAGUCGAUGAGACUUUGAUGCUCACCAAACGAAAACAGACGUUCAAGAUCAAGGGAGGGUUGGAUUUCUACAAGCUGAAUGCCGAUCACUCGGCCUUUUACAGGACUAGCUACACACCCGAGAGGUUGACGAAGCUUGGGGAAGCCGCCCAAGAGGGCCUGCUCUCUGUUGAAGAUCGAGCUGGGAUGAUUGCUGAUGCCGGUGCCCUCGCGGCCAGUGGUUACGGCAAGACGUCGGGCAUUCUCAGUCUUCUGCAGUCGUUCAAUACGGAGACACAGUUCGUGGUGUGGAAUGAGAUCCUCACCCGAAUCAACGCGGUGCGUAACACGUGGAUCUUCCAGGAUGAGAAGGUCAAGGACGCCUUAAAGGCUUUCCAGUUAAACCUGACCUCAGCGAAGGCACACGAGCUUGGUUGGGAAUUCUCGGAGAACGAGGAUCAUAUCUUGAGUCAGUUCAAGAGCAUGAUGUUUGGCUCCGCGGGCCUUGCAGGCGAUGGAAAGAUUCAAACGGCGGCCAAGGAGAUGUUUGGGAAAUUCCUGCAGGGCGACUAUGCUGCUGUCCAUCCUAAUCUGAGGUCAUCGGUGUUUGCCAUGGCACUUAGAGAUGGCGGCGAGAAGGAGUGGGAUGCCCUGCUCGCCCGAUACCAUUCCGCGCCAACCUCGGAUGAGAAGAACACUUGCCUGCGAAGUCUGGGCCGGGCGAAGGAUCCUGAGCUGAUCAAGAAGACUUUGGACUUGGCGCUCAGCGGACAAGUCAAGAUGCAGGAUAUCUACAUGCCUAUUGGUGGCCUGGGCACCACAUCCGAAGGUAUCGAGAGAAGAUGGGAGUGGAUGUGCGCCAACUGGGACGAGCUCGUUGAGAAGCUUCCACCCAGCAUGACCAUGCUCAGCAGCGUGGUCAGCAUCUGCGCUGCGGGCUUUACAUCGGAGGACCAACUGGCCAAGGUCGAGAAGUUCUUCGACGGCAAGGACAAGAAAGGCUUCGACCGCAGCUUGCAGCAAAGUAUGGACUCCAUUCGGGCGAAGGCUAACUGGCUGAAGAGAGACGGAGAGGAUGUGCAAGGAUGGCUGAGGAGCAACGGGUAUUUGAAAGAAGUCAGUGGGAAGCUGUGA